AUGAGUCUCUUUCCAGUACUCCGUAACAAUCCCGGGGAUUCUCCGCAGCAGGACCGCCCGAUCUCAGACAACGCAACCGAAUGGUUAAGCAACAACGCCAGCUAUCAGCCGCAUGUCGUGCUGGAGCCCCGUCUCCCCUAUGGAAAUUACGCCACGCAAGCGGACUUCUUGAGGGCUGCGGAGCGAUACCUGGAAAGCAGCAGCGACUCGGACGCUGAAGAUGGCGCAGGCGCGACUGUCCCUGCGGUCAAACUGCCAGGAACCGCAGAGCCUUCAGGGCGGGGUGCCGGCAGCGAUAUUGUUGAUAUGGACAGCGAUCGGCGUGCCGCGUCGGGCCUCGCCCCACGUCAGGCGGCCGCCGCUCUCACCGCCGCAAAGCCCCUCCUCAAAGACGUCGCGACGCAACCUGGUGAAGUGUUUUACGACACCCGCGGCGAUCUCGACAACCUGGUGUACGAGUCCUUGUACGGCAGCAACGUGGCGUCGUACUACCGCGCAGAUCCGUUGGGCCUUUCCAAGGGGGCGCGUGCAAAUCGGCUGCUGCCCGGGCAGGUCAUGACGGCAGCGGUGGCGGCGGCUCGGGGGCGGGGCCGGGGUCCGCGGCGGGGGGGUGACGAGGAGGAAGAAGAUGACGAACCGCCCCAUGGUUCGCUCGCCGCCAUACGAUACUUCGCCGCCAAGACAGUGGCGGCGGAGCGGAGCCGGCGGCUGCGGCGCGUGUUUUUGUCUGAGGCGCCGGUGCUCCCGGGCGCCGGCGGCGGCGGCUCGCGUCGGGGCGGCGGCGGCGCCGGCCGCGCCGGUGGUGGACGUCGCGGCUGGCUCCUGUCGCAGCUGGAGGGUCCGGCUGCAGCCGCUAAAGCCCCUUCCGAGGGGUCGGCAGGCGGAAUGAUGUAUCUCUGGCUGCGCUUCGCCGCCUUCCAGGACGGGGUGUCCCGGCUGCUGUCUAGGCGGGGUGUGGCGGAGGUGGCGGGGUCAGCGGCGGAGAAGAAAAUGGCCAUACUGCAGCGAGCCCUGGAUUGCCACCCCAGCCACCCCGCCUUGCUGAGGGGCAUGAUGGCGGCCGGUGAGCCCCUCCUGGAGCCGGAGGAACUCAUGGACAGGUGGGAACGUCUGCUACGUCGUACACCUGCUGAGGCUGCUCUUUGGCGGGACUACCUGACCCGGAGGCGGAGCGCCUUUGCGGUCACCAAGUUGUCCAAUAUGCAGGCAGCGUACGGCAAUGCCAUGCAUGCGCUGGCUUCGGAGCGCGCCUGUCAGCAGCGCAAGGCCGCCACCCACGCUUCGGAGCGGUCGGCGGCUCUGGCGGUGGUUUCGGAUCUGGACCAGGAGCUUGUACGACUGGUUCUGGAGCUUGUGGAUCUGGAGCUGUGUGCGGGUGCUAGCGAGUUUGCGGUAGCCCGGAUUCAGGCGCUGUUGGAAUUCCACUGCUUCGCCCCCGGGAGCCUCGACCGAGCCGCGGCCGCAAUGGGCGGCGGUGGUGGUGGUGGUGGUGGUGUGCGGCUGCCUGCCGGGGCGCUGUUGCGGCUGUUUGACAACUUCUGGGAGUCAGGUGCCCCGCGGGUGGGGGAGGAGAGCGCCGUAGGCUGGGCCAAGUGGUACCGCAAGGAGAAUGAUGCGUUGUGGGUGGCCUCCAAGACCGGACCCCUUGAUGACGUCAGCGACGGGAGGCGGGUACGAGGGGGGUACGGCGACCAGCAGCGGCAAGACGAGGACGGCGAGGGGGGCGGCGGCGGCGGAUGGACGGGGUGGAUGGAGUUGCCGCCGCUACCGUUGGCGCCGCCGCCACCGUCGGGAGCGGCGCCGGCACAGGGCGACGACGUGGCGGCGGCGGCGGGAGGGGAUGGUGGCGGCGGCGACGGGGCUGAAGGCGAGGGAGGGGACGAGGGGGAGGACGAGGAGGCGGACGAGGCGGAGGAGGAGGGGGCUGUGCAGGAGCUGACCGAGGAGCAGCUGUUGGCGCAACUGGGGCUGAAGUUGGACGAGCAACUUGAGGAGAUGCAGCGGCAGGGUGUGCCGCCCGACAUCCUCAGCCGCUGGCUGCGUACGGAGCGUGAGCGCUCCGCCCGCGACUGGCAGCCACUGAGGCCGCCGCCGGCGGCCCACGGGUCUCGAACGUCACCGCAGCGCGAAGCCGAGGCGGCGGAGCCGGGAGACGGCGGCGGCGACGACGGCGCAGUGGUUGCGCAGCGGGUGGUCCUGAUAAAUGAGAUCCGUGACGGAAUCUUCCCGAUUGAGGAUCCGGAUUUGAAAAUGGAUCUGAUUCUGGGCUGCCUCUGCGUGCUGGGUGUGCCGUUGGCGGUGACGCCAAGCCCGCCUGGCGGCGGCGGCGGCGGCGCUGCUGCCGCCGUACGGCUCUACAGUAGCUGUUUGGGUUGUUGCUCGCAGUCCUUCUUGAGGUUCCUGCCGCAGCAGGUGGCGCUGGCGGAGUGCCAGAGAUGCCUGCCGUUGGGCCUGGCGGCCGCCGCCGCGGCUGCCGUCAGCAGCGGCGGCGGCGGCGGCGGUGCCGUCGCCGCGCCGUGGUACCUGCAGGACGAAUCCCGGCGGGCCUUCGUGGCCCGGCUCCUGCGGGGUCUACUACUAGAUGGGCCCUACAUGGAUCAGCCGCAGAUCGCCCUGGCGUACCUGUUAGUGGAAGCUUCAAGCGUACAAGCGGACGGCGCCGACGGCGCCGCCGCCGCCAGGCUGCUGCAGCAGCUGCCGUGCGCUGACCGCGCCCGGGAGGCGGCCCGUAAGUUGCUCAGCGAGCGCCGCCACAGCGUGGCACUACUGAUGGCGCUGGCAGCGGUGGAGGACGCAGCUGGUCAGCCCCGGGCGGCGCGUAGGGCCCGCGACGCUGCACUCACCGGAGCACCGGGUCUCCCGCCAGGGGAGCAACGACUGCUGCCCCUGCUGGCGGGCCGUCAGGUGACGCGGGAGGACGUGGCGGCGGCGCGGCGCGGCUUCGAGGCGAGGGUGCCUAGCCUUCUGGCGGCUCGUGAUGGCGCCCUGGACGCCCCCAGCGCCUCGUGCCUGUACCUAGGGGGCGCUUUCGAGGCCCUCACCGGCCGCCUGUACCCCGCCGCGGGGGGGGGGCUGGCCGCCGCCCUCACAAUACACAAGCACGCCACGGCCGCCGUGACGGUGGAAGUACGGCAGGCGAGCGGAUUCCACGAGGCCUUGGUGGUGUCGUACUGCGGAUUAGUGGUUUCGGAGCUGCACGGGUCUGCUGCGGCGGCAGCCGCGGGUGGCGGCGGCGGCGGGGCUGCGGCCAGAGGUGGCGGCGGCGGCGUGGGCGAGGGAGGAGUGCAGCCAGCUAAGGCGCGGAUGGCGGUGCUGCAGCUGCUGGCGCUGAGACUGCAAUUGGCCCACUUGGGGUCAGCAGGAGGGGGAGGGGGGGCAGGGGGAGGGUCGUACAGCCGUCUGCGGCGGGACCUGGCCAUCCUGGCGGCGGCGCUGCGGCGGCGGGCGGAGGGCUCUCUGGAGGCGCUGGCGGAGGCGGAGACCGAGCGGCGGGAGGCAGCGGAGCGGGGGGGAGCGGCGCGGCCGUUAGUACCCAACAACUCGGCGGCGACGGCGGCGGCCGCGGCGGCUGUGUGGUGGGUCCAGCUGGCAGCGGAGGCGGCCCAGCAACUCCCCGCCGGUGCCAGCAACGACCCACGGGUCGCUCGCCUAAUGGAGCGAGCUGCGGCGGCACGCCACCUGGCGCCCUGCGCGCCUAUUUGGACCGCGUACCUCGCACACGAAGCCGCUGCCGGCAGGCUUGUCCAUGCGAAGCGCGUGUUUCUGCGUGCCGUACGAGAGGUGCCGCUGUCCAAGGUUCUAUGGAUGCUGGGCCUGUCGUUGCUGGGGCAGAGCGGCGGCGGCGGUAACGGCGCGGAGGCCAGUGCGACGGACGGCGGCGGCGUGUCUGCCGCUGCAGCUGCCGCUGCUAAUGCUGGAAUGUUGACGUCGCGGGAGGUUUCGGAGCUUCUGGGCGUGGCGUCGGACAAGGGUGUACGGUUGCACACAGACGUGUACGAGGUCAUGCUGCAGCACCUGGCCGAGCAGGACCCCUAA